AUGCAACACGCCUCGGCCUCCUAUCUCAUUCAGUCGCUCCUGCAGUUUGCCCCGGCGGAGGUACGGGAGAAGAUGGUUCGGGAGGAUUUACUCCCGGUAUUCACCGCGAACCUGCGGGAGACCCUCGCGCACGCGCAGGGAUCGCGCGUGAUGCAGAAGUUGUUGGCGUACGCCACCGAUGAGGCGGUCGUGGAGGUGGUGAAACGGCUAAUCCGCGAUGCCGAGGCCGCCGUCGCCGUCGAGCAGGAGGAGGAAGCGGAAGGAUCCGACUCCGACCAGGAGGAGGCGCCUCAAAGGCAAAAACUUUCCCCUAUGGCCCAACGCGCGUUGAAUCGUAGUCGACAUUACGAUAUCCAAUCCAGCGCGAUCAUCUCGUACGCGCUACACCAGCACGCCUGCUAUGUGAUCCGUUCUCUCCUACAUGAAACGCGCAGCCGGAAGCUCGACCAGGAGCGGAAGCUUCUUAUGAACGAGUUGAAGCCGCACGUCUUCAACCUCGCGGUAUCUCCCUGGGCAGGCCGCGUCGUGCUGGACGCGAUGAUGGAGGCUGGUAGCGAGCAGCUUGCCAAGGCGAUCAAGAACGUCGUCUUUUUGAAGGCCGAGGCAUGGCUUUCUCAGGUCUCGGAGGAACGCAAGAAAAAAGGCAGCGGGGUCGAUCCCACCGUGCGGGCCAUCCUGCAAGAGCAACGAAAGCGCGCCAGAGAGGGGGACGACACCAUCGUGGAGUCUAACCAUGAAAAGUCAGCGCCGAAGAAGAAGUCUCGGCAAAUCCACCGAACGCUUAAAAAAUAA